AUGGCUUCACUCCAGGAUCGUCUGGAGAGGUGGGCCCAACGCCUCAAUAACCUCACCGUGUCUCCAUUGACACGAGACUAUCCCGACACACAAAAGCCCGAUGCCAGCGCCACUUCCAAGCGGGCCAUUGAGGCCUUCGAAUCCCUCAAGCUCCCCAAGGAGACUCAAUUGGCUCUGAAGAAACUCUCCGGAUCUUCCUCAGCCUUCACAGUCUUUCUGGGCGCUUUUGUACUUCUGGUUGCUCGCUUGACCGGCGACGAGGAUAUUGCUGUGGGAACAAGCGUCGGCGAGGAUGGCCGCCCAUUUGUCGUUCGUGUGCCAAUUGAUGCGUCCGAGACCUUCGCGCAGCUUUAUGCCAAGGUUGACAAAGCAUUCAAUGAGGGUGCCUCCGAUAUAGUGCCUUUGGGUAGCCUCCGGUCCUAUAUCCAGGAUAAAUCCAAAGCCGAACGCUCUCCGGUGCUCUUCCGAUUUGCUGCAUAUGAUGCCCCCGCGUCGUCGCAAGAAUACCCCGCAAAUACUUUCGAUAGUACGGAUCUCGUGAUCAACGUCACUCCUAGUUCCGAGGAUAUUGAACUCGGUGCAUAUUAUAACCAGAGACUUUUCUCUAGUGCAAGGAUUGCAAUUAUCCUAAAGCAGCUGGCAGAGAUUGCCAAAAAUGCUGCCUCAAACCCGGAACAGGCCGUGGGGGCUAUUCAAAUGAUGACUGAAGACCAGCGCGCCCUGCUUCCCGACCCUACUGCUGAUCUGAACUGGUCUAAGUUCCGUGGGGCUAUCCAUGAUAUAUUCGCUGAAAAUGCGCAGAAGCACCCUGAAAAGUUGUGCGUGGUUGAGACUAAGUCUACAAACUCCCCGCACCGCCAAUUCACAUACAAGCAAAUCAACGAGGCCUCGAAUAUCCUUGGGAAUCAUCUUGUGCAGUCCGGAAUCCAACGAGGAGAGGUUGUCAUGGUAUAUGCCUACCGUGGUGUGGACCUGGUGGUCGCUAUCAUGGGUAUUCUGAAGGCCGGCGCUACCUUCUCGGUCAUUGAUCCUGCGUACCCUCCCGAGCGUCAGAAUAUUUACCUCGAUGUCGCUCGUCCUCGUGCCUUGAUCAACAUCGCCAAGGCCACCCGUGACGCCGGAGAGCUGUCGGAUAUCGUUCGCUCGUUCAUAAAUGAAACACUUGAGCUCCGGACUGAGAUUCCCGCGUUGGCUCUUCAAGACGAUGGUACUCUUCUCGGUGGUCAAAUUAACGGCCAGGAUGUACUUUCUAGCGCUGGUGCCGAUAUGACCAAGCCAGUUGGCGUCGUCGUGGGUCCUGACUCGACACCUACACUGUCAUUUACAUCUGGAUCCGAGGGCCGGCCCAAGGGCGUUCGGGGUCGUCAUUUCUCUUUGGCCUACUAUUUCCCUUGGAUGUCCGAUACAUUCAAGCUGACCCCUGAUGACAAGUUUACUAUGCUGUCAGGUAUUGCACACGACCCGAUCCAGCGCGAUGUGUUUACUCCCUUAUUUUUGGGCGCUCAACUUUUGGUUCCCGCCAAGGAAGAUAUUCAAAAUGAAAAGCUGGCGGAAUGGAUGCAGAACUACGGACCAACCGUCACCCAUCUCACCCCUGCUAUGGGUCAGAUCCUUGUUGGUGGUGCUUCUGCCCAAUUCCCGGCUCUGCACCAUGCCUUCUUCGUUGGAGAUAUCCUGAUCAAGCGAGAUUGCAAAUCGCUCCAAGGACUCGCCCCGAAUGUUUCCAUCGUCAACAUGUACGGAACUACGGAAACCCAGCGGGCUGUCAGCUACUAUGAAAUUCCGAGCUACUCAAGCCAGGAAGGCUAUCUUGAUACUAUGAAGGAUGUCAUUCCCGCCGGUCGUGGUAUGGUUGAUGUUCAGAUGCUUGUGGUCAAUCGAUUUGACCCUACCCGCCUCUGCGCCGUCGGCGAGGUUGGGGAAAUCUACGUCCGUGCGGCUGGUCUUGCUGAGGGUUAUCUUGGUACUCCGGAUCUGAACGCCAAGAAAUUCCUGACCAAUUGGUUCGUGAAGCCUGAGGUCUGGACUGAGAAGGAUGUCUCUAAGGGUGAGCCUUGGAGGGAAUUCUACAUGGGACCUCGUGACCGCCUGUACCGUAGUGGUGACCUUGGCCGCUAUACCCCCUCCGGAGACGUGGAGUGCUCUGGUCGGGCUGAUGACCAGGUUAAGAUUCGUGGAUUCAGAAUUGAGCUCGGUGAGAUCGAUACACACCUCUCCCGCCACCCACUAGUCCGCGAGAAUGUGACUCUUGUCCGUCGUGAUAAGUUUGAGGAGCCGACGUUGGUCAGCUAUUUCGUACCCGAUAUGAGCAAGUGGGCUGAAUGGUUGGAGAGCAAGGGUCUUCAAGAUGAUGUCGAUUCGGCUGAGGGCAUGGUUGGUAUGCUCCGACGAUUCCUCCCUCUCCGCAAUGACGCUCGUGAGCAUCUUCGCAGUAAGCUUCCUGCCUAUGCUGUGCCGACUGUCAUCAUUCCCCUCAAGCGUAUGCCCUUGAACCCCAACGGUAAGAUCGAUAAGCCUGCUCUGCCUUUCCCCGACACCGAGGAGCUCAGUGCUGCUGCACCCCGUCGCCGCUCGUCUGCUAUUCAGGCUCUCUCCGAGACCGAGCAAGCACUGUCCCAAAUCUGGGCUAAGCUUAUUCCCAACGUGACCGCACGUAUGAUUGGUCCUGAUGAUUCUUUCUUUGACCUUGGCGGACACAGCAUUCUCGCUCAGCAGAUGUUCUUCGACCUUCGCCGCAAGUGGCGUGGUAUUGAUAUUAGUAUGAACGCUAUUUUCCGCAGCCCUACUCUUAAGGGCUUCGCUGGCGAGAUUGACCGUCUGCUGAAUGCCGAAUCUCUGACUGCGGGCGCCGACGACACUACUGCCGCUGCUGAGGCUACCAAGGAGCCCGAUGCUGAAUACUCCAAGGAUGCCCGCCGGUUGGCUAACGAGCUUCCGGCGGUGUUCCCCACGCGAAGCGAGCCGAUGCUCGCCAGCGAACCCACCGUUUUCCUUACUGGUGCCACCGGUUUCCUUGGUGCUUUCAUUCUCCGUGACCUGCUUACCCGCAAGUCACCUUCUGCUAAGGUCAUUGCUCUGGUUCGUGCGAAGACCGAAGAGCAGGCUCUGGAGCGUGUCCGCUCAACCUGCCGUGCCUACGGUUUCUGGGAUGAGGCCUGGGCGACUAGGCUUGAGACCCCCUGCGGUGACCUCGGUAAGGCCCAGUUCGGUCUUCCUCAGGCCACCUGGGACGACAUUGCAAACCGUGUGGAUGCCGUAAUCCAUAAUGGUGCUUUGGUUCACUGGGUUUACCCCUACUCUACUCUCCGCCCAGCCAACGUGAUGGGUACGAUUGAUGCGCUGAAGCUCUGCGCCACCGGAAAGGCCAAGCAAUUUGCUUUCGUCAGUUCCACCAGUGCUCUGGACAAGGAUCAUUAUGUGCAAGAGUCCGAACGUAUUAUUGCGGCUGGCGGAAAGGGAAUCAGCGAGGAGGACGAUAUGGAAGGCAGUGCCGUUGGUCUUGGAACUGGUUACGGACAAUCGAAGUGGGCCGGUGAAUAUCUCGUCCGGGAGGCUGGCCGCCGUGGAUUGAAGGGCACUAUUAUUCGCUCCGGCUAUGUACUAGGUGACUCCACGACUGGUGUCUCCAAUUCCGACGACUUCUUGGUUCGAAUGAUGAAGGGUUGCAUCCAACUUUCAGCCAGACCUAACAUCAACAACACCGUUAACAUGGUCCCGGCCGAUCACGUUGCUCGUAUAGUGAUCGCGACUGCGUUCCAUCCUCCCCGUACCCCUGUUGGUGUGGCGCACAUCACUGGACACCCGCGUCUGCGAUUCAACCAGUUCUUGGGUGCUCUCCAGACCUAUGGCUACAAUGUGCCGCAGGUGGACUAUGUUCCUUGGGCCAUGGCACUGGAGCAGUAUGUCAGUGAUGGUCAACACGAUGAUAAGGACUCUCAGCAUGCAUUGAUGCCGCUUUAUCACUUCGUCACUGCUGAUCUUCCUUCCAACACCAAGGCCCCCGAGCUGGAUGACACCAAUGCUUCUGCAGCCCUGAAGGCGGAUGCUACCUGGUCUGGCAUCGAUGUGUCUGCUGGGGCCGGUGUCACUGAAGAGCUGGUUGGAUUGUACGCUUCGUAUCUGGUGGCUACGGGAUUCUUACCUGCGCCGACCGUCGCCGGUGCCCGGCCUUUACCAGCCGCAGGCAUUACCGAGGAGCAGAAGAAAACCCUGAUGAACAUUGGCGGCCGUGGCGGAGCGGCGUAA